AACUGCUUCCGUGUUCUGCGCGCAGCUUCCGGCAGCUGUGAGUUGUCGAAUCUUUGGGAACCGCAGCAGAACAGAGCUUCAUCAUCGUCAUCUUCAUCAUGCGCUGGUUCGAGGGCUCGAUCCCGGCGGCCAUCGCGGCAGCUAAACAGCGCAGAUGUGUGUUUGUGGUGGUCAUCACAGGGAGUGAUGAUCAGUCCUCUCAGCUGAUGUCCAGUUGGGAGACGGACAGUGUGUGGGAAGCAGCUCAGAACUGCUGUGUGGCCAUCCGAGUGGACGCUGAGAGUGAAGCAUGUGUCCAGUUCUCUCAGAUCUAUCCGGUGGUGUGUAUCCCGUCCAGCUUCUUCAUCGGAGAGAACGGCAUUCCUCUAGAAGUGAUCGCCGGCAGCGUGACGGAGGAGGCUCAAAAGCGCAGGAUCAGCAAACACACACACACACACACACACACACACACACUAAUGAGUUCUUGUGUCCAGAUGCACACGCAGCAGAUGAGCGCUGAGAGAGCCAAUGAGACGGAGGAGGCCGCAUCUAAAGAAUCCCUGUCCGUGCCGAUGGAGGAAGACGGAGCAUCAGGUCACAUGACUCCAGCAGAAGAUGCGUCUCAGCCGGACGAAGCUCUGGACAGUAAAGUAGAGAGGAUAACAAAGAAGCUGGAGGAAAGACGUGAGCAGAAGAAGAAAGCAGAAGAAGAGAACGAGCUGAGGAAGGAGGUGGAGAGGCGUAAGAUGGGCAAGGAGAUGCUGGACUUCAAGAAGAAGCAGGAGGAGGAGAAAACCAAGCGUCUGCUGGAGGAGAGGAACCGAGAGAAGGCUGAGGAGCGAGCGGCCAGAGAACGGGUCAAGCAGCAGAUCGCUCUGGACCGUGCUGACCGAGCGGCUCGUUACGCUCAGAGCCAGGCGGAGGUGGAAGCGGCUCGGGUCGCUGCCCUUCAGGCCAGAGCCUCAGAACAAGAGUCCAGGAGAGACGCCGCUCAGAGAGAGAGGAGUGCGUUUGCAAGGAUUCAGUUCCGUCUGCCGGACGGCUCGUCCUUCACUAACCAGUUCCCCUCAGAGACCCGUCUGCUGGAGGCCCGCGCCAUGCUCAGGUCAGAGCCUGCCAUGCCGCUCUUUAAUGACUGUAUGAUGGUGGAGUCAGAAGUGACCCGUGUUCUCCUGCAGGAGGUGGGCGGCCGAUACGGUCAGUUCUCUCUGGCCACCAUGUUCCCCCGGAGAGAGUUCACCGACGAAGACCUACAGAGAUCACUGCUGGAGCUGGAGCUGACCCCCAGUGCCUCCAUCGUGCUGCUCCCACAGUCCAGCAGUGCUGUGGUGCGCUCGUCAGCGUCCGGAGGCGUCUGGACAGUGCUGGGGUCACUGCUGUACCCGCUGCUGUCCGUCUGGAGGUACAUCAGCAGCUUCCUGUUCAGCAGCGCUCCUGCUGCUCCUCCACCGGCCCCCCAGAACACACACGGCCCCGGGGCCGCCGCAGAGCCAAAGAGAGAUGCAGUUCGUAAGAGGAUCCUUGAGAAGAGGCCCGAGGACUUCAAGAAAGAUGGUAAAAUAUACCGGCUACGGACUCAAGAAGACAACGAGGACGACAACAACACCUGGAACGGUAACUCCACGCAGCAGAUGUAGCUCUGGUGGUUUCUGAUCUCCAUCCCUCUUCCUCCGGCUCCACCCCGCAUGGGUCAAUCUAACUGCUUUAACCAGGUGACUCCGGCAUCGCCAGGAUUGAU